UCAUCUAUCUUUAUUACUUACCGAAAGUUGAACAAGGACGGAACACGCUCAUAGCGCUAAAAGCGUGCUCUCCAAAUCUAACCAAAGAAAGCGGGCAAGAAGGCAAGUGUGGAUUAAUAUCUGUCGGGCUCUGCAGUGGAUUCUGUGGAAACAAGUAACAUUUACAUAUUGCAUGGUAGCAUAUUGCCGGAGCAUACGUGAUAUUGUGAGACAAAAGCCUGGUUGGCUGUGAUAGCUGCAUUCUUUCUCGGUUCUCGGUGGCUCUUUAUUAAGAAGGCAAUCCAAAUUGACCCUCGACCGAGGGCAGGUGCCAUUUAAGAAAGAAGAAGAAGAAUCUAUCGUUUUGCCAUGUCGGUCAUAAAUAAGGUAAAGCCAGUUACACCUAAGGGCAAGAGGAUUUUAUCUAAAAAAGCACCUCAAAUGAUAGAAGAUGCCAAAGAAACUUUGUGUUUUAAAAGUAAAAACACAUCACAGAUUGCCGUCAAUAUCAUGAAGGAUUUGUAUGAUUUAAAAAAACCUAAUGCACAAAUGAUGCAAAAGAAAAAUGAUAUACUACCAUUCGAGAAUAUUGUACCUAUCGAGAAAUUUGCAUCAAAGUACGAAGCACCUCUCUUCAUGAUGGCUUCGCACAAUAAGAAACGUCCACACAAUCUUAUCAUGGGUCGAAUGUAUGAGCAUACAUUAUUAGAUAUGAUAGAGUUUGGUAUAGAUAAUUAUAAAGGAUUAAAAGACUUUAAAGUUGAAAAGAUCACAAAGGGAAUAAAACCAUUAUUGAUCUUUAAUGGUGAACUCUUUGAAAGCAAUUAUGAAUAUGGAAGAAUUAAAAACCUACUUGUUGAUAUGUUCCAAAGAGAAGUAAUUAAAAAGAUCAGUUUGAAAGGUCUUGAACAUGUCUUAAGUUUUACAGCUGUUGAAAAUAAAAUAUUUUUGCGUAGUUACAGGAUACUUUUGAAAAAAUCUAACACAAGGACACCUAGAGUAGAACUGGAAGAAAUAGGCCCACAUGCCGAUCUACUCUGUAGGCGUAACAAGUUUGCCUCUGAAGAUUUAUUCAAGGAUGCUUGCAAGAAGCCUAAAGCACUCAAGGUAAAGAAAAAGAAAAAUAUCUCAACAGAUACAUUUGGAACGACGUUUGGUCGUAUACAUAUUGGAGAACAAAAUAUUAAUAACAUUCAAACAAGAAAGAUGAAAGGUUUGAAAAAAACAUUACUGGAAAAGAAGAGUGCCCAAAAGAGAAAAAAUGCUGAUGACAAUGAUGAUAUUUCAAAAAAACUUAAAAAAGUUGAUGAUUGAACAAUUAUUGUUUUAAUAAAUUUUUAUUUAACUUCUAA